AUGUUGGCAUUCUUCAUGACCGUGCUCCUACUCUGGUCUUUGUGUGUGGCAGAGUUCAGUGAAAUCUCUCAGCCUGUUUCUGAACAAACAUUAAAGCUCGGAGAAUCUGCAACCAUUGAAUGCUACAUAAAAAGUUCAAUGAAUAAAAGAGUGUGGUACAAACUGAGUACAGGCAGAAGACUACUGCUCGUUGCAUUCUUCAAUACCAAAUACAAACGGGUUGAGAUUUCCUCUGAAUUUGAUCAGCGUUAUUCAGUCAAAUUUGACAACAACAGUAGUCAUUUGGGAAUAUCAAGAGCAUCACAGGAAGAUGUUGGAACCUACUUUUGUGGAGUUAUGUACCUAAACGAUAUUCGGUUUGGAUCAGGAACAUCUUGGAUUCUGAAAGGUAGCGAGAGACCACAGCAGGAGUAUAAUCAAGCUAACACUGCACUGAUUGUAUCAAAUGCCGUUUUUGGGAUUGUGAUUAUCCUUCUUUCGGGGAUAAUCUGCAGGUCACGGAGGAAAGACUCUGCAGAUCACACAAUCGGUCAGACCCUCCCCUGA